AAACUUAUUAAAUAGACUGUGUUGAUGGACGGGGGCGACCACGAGAACGACAGUCGCUUUGAAGUGCACGAGCUAGAUGAUGAAGAUGAUAAUGGUAAGGAAGAAGAUGGCGAAGAUGGGGACUGGGAGACUGAUCUAGAUGAGGGUCUGGAGAUGGAGGACUAUGUUAGCGAGUUCACAGCCCACAAGGAGCCAGUCUACUGUUUAGACUUGUACAAAGACACUGGCGUGGUGGUGACUGGAUCCCAAGACGAGCGUGCGUUUGUUUGGGACUCGAAGAGUGACACUCAACUGGCCAUGAUUGAGGGCCAUAACGACACAAUAGUGUCGGUCGCGUUCCACCCUCAAGAGCCAUACCUAGCCACAGCUGACAUGCUGGGUGUUAUCCAGGUCUUCUCAACAGAAUCCGAUUCCAAGGAGCGCCUCUGGAGCUACGAGUGUGGCAUGGAUCUGAACCUGGUGUUCUGGCACCCAGUGGCAAAAGUAGUCUUCGCUGGACUCGGAAAUGGAGAUCUGUUUAUGCUGAAAGUGGGAACUGAAGAGCUCAAGUGUUACUCUGGCGCUGGUUUUGAAGUGUCGGCUGCAAAAAUUACAGAAAAUGGCCUUGAUGUGAUUGUGGGAUACCACGACAGUUCGGUCAAGUGUUGGAACCUCAAGUCCUGCUCAGUGAUCUCGUCUACAAAACUCACACAAGACAUAGACAUGCCAGUGUCCAAGAUAGAACUUCACAAGGAGCAGCAGUACCUGGCAUGUACAACUGAGGCGGUUUGUCUGGUCAACAUCAAGACUGGAAAGAUACUGGCAAAAUAUGGACAUUUCAGUGCAGACACUGAAAUGAAUCAGACGCCUGAAUCUGCCAUGCCUGAAGUGGAGACCUUCGCUCUCUGUCCUUCGAACCCCAACCUCCUCUGUCUCGGCCGAAACACGGGCCGCAUCGAAACAUGGGACAUCACUGCAAAAUGUAUUAGAAACGUAGAACAGUUGAGAGGUGCUAUCAUCAAGAUGUUGUUUCCCCGAAUGAGCAAAGAGCCGAUGUGUUUGGCAACGACGUCUGCAGGAAUUGUGUUUUGUUUUGACGCUCUGACCGGAACUGUGUUGAGGUCAUUUAGAGGUCACGAAGGUCCAGUUUUUGACAUAGCACUGGCUUCUGAUGACUCAUUUUUUGUGACUUGCGGCGAAGAUUCGACCGUCAAAGUUUUUUCUUUAAGCUGAAAUUUGCUCAGUUUAUUCUUUAAUGAUUGUUUCUUAAUUUAUUGUUUAUCAGGUGCAUUUAACAAAUUUUAUUCAGUUUU